AUGGGGGUAGGUUCAUCGACUGAAAAUCACGGCCAGACCUCCUCGCCAGAGGAGCUGAGCUAUAUACUCGCUGAGCGUUUCGCCACAAAAUGCUUCACCCCUUUGGAACUAACCCAUUUCAAAGACAACUUCUUCACCCGUGCCAUAGACCAGGGUGGCAUGAAGUACUGGAAUGAGAAGAUCCUCUCGGACUUCCUGGGUAUUCCAGACAGCAGCGAUGCCGACUGUCCGCUGGAUGCGGGCCCUGUGAUCUUCCGCAUGGUGUCGUACCUGGGAGCAUUCCCCUUCCAGAACACGCUGGCCCCUAGCGUUCUGACAUUCGAGGCCAUGGUCAAAGUAGUUGUGCUACUGACAGAGCGAUAUGGCAAGGUCUUGCGUCGGGCACGCAAAGACAGAAUCAGGUUGCUAUUUGGCAGUCUUGCCGAUGUUGGGCGGAAAGAUCUUGAUAAGCCGACAACUGAGGAGAACACGGAUGACAAUAAGAAUGACGAUCCCUCUGUUAAAACCUAUGCGCAAGGAUUCUCUAUCGAUGAACCGGUCAAUGACAGCUACGAGGAAGAGGACGACGACGAUCUCGCGCUCGCGGCUCUCGAAUCCUUGGAUGCUAUUGAGGUCUUCAGGCAUGACUCCCGCAUUGACAAGGCUGUCUACGAAGCCCGCAUUUCUGUUGCAACCUUCCGGCGGCUCCUGAUGAUGCUCCUUGUGAUAUCGCCGCUGAAGACACUUCAGCCUGUGCGAACGUAUACGUCUGAUCUGUCAGAAAGCCGCAUGACGAGCGUUCGGAAAGAAGCAGAUAACAUCUUAUCGGCUUUCGCCCAGGAAGAAUCCGGGGGCAUUGGCUAUAAGACCUUUGCCAACACCAUCACCCACUGUUUCCCUUACCUAUUUGAUCCAUUGACGCCAUUGUUCGAGCAUCUACUGUUUAGCAAAAACCUGAACCUGUCCCAAAAGCGCUCUUCAGACGAUCCUCCUGCGACUGAGCCACUCGAGGAGAUAUCAGAGUCAACGCCGCCACCCCCGGAAUCUGUCAUGCUCCCUGGUAGCUUCAAAUCCGUGAUCAUUAACCCCAGCAUCGUAUCUCAUCUCUCUUUCUUUCUGCCUUCUACCGUAUCCAACAAGAAUUUCUUCCACGGAAACAUGCGCCUACACCCCGUAUUUUCAACGGCAGAACACGGUUCCUCUCUGACAUCCUUUUCACACAACGUACUCACCUGGCAAUCAGGCACGCUCAUGCUUCUCGAAGGUGCCGUGAUCGGAUCAACGGAGCAGGAUAGUACAGUGCUACUAGGCGCCUACCUCCCUCAACCCUGGAAAUCCCCUUCAUCGUACCCCUCCAAGCCCUCCGACUCAACAGCCCUGCCUUGCCUCUUCCAGCUUUCCCACAAACACCUCAUCCUCCGAGGAAACCCAUCCCCAUCCAUCCAAAAGCCCAACAUGCCCACAGCCUACUUCUCCUCCGCCGCCGGCAUCGCCCUAGGCUGUCAGAUUCCCCCUUCCUCGCGAACCCAACCGCUUCCUCCUUCACCGCACGGCGCAGGUAGCCUAACCAUCGACACCAGCCUCGAGACCGCCACCUUCUACGUGUCCCCGGUCGGGCACAACGGCGUCUUCCUACCGCCUGCUACCUUGUCUCCCACAGAGACCAGCACCACAACCAAAACCCACAUCGACAUUUACAAUCUCGAGAUCUGGGGCCUGGUCCCUGACCCGACGACCGCAUCAUCCGAGCAAGGGCAGAGCGCCGUGGAACUACAGCAAGCGAAAUGGGAGUUCGAAGCCCGCGAGGCAGAACGAAGACGGAAUCUGAAUCUCAAGGCCGGGGCGGGCGAUAGCGCUGCUGAGAGCGCGCGAUGGCUACUGGAGACGGCGGGACUGAUCGGUGACGGAACGGGUCGACAGGGAGGAAGUGUCUAA